UAUCUUGCAUGAACCAUUAAAAAAACAACGACAAAUUAUCCUGUCAAUGCGAUGAUUACAAAAAUCUACAUUAUACUGUUCAUAUACCAUGUGUAUUGUUCUCAGGAAAAUUCUGGAAUAUGCAGUCUACCUGAAGAUGAAAUUAAGUGCUGUACAGAUUUCAUGAAAAAAGGAGACACUUGUUUGCCUUGUAUAGGGUCAUAUGGACCGCAGUGUAACAAGGGAUGUUUGCCUGGGUAUUAUGGUUUUGGCUGUAGAAAAAAAUGCAGAUGUGAGGAGUGUGAUAGCGUGAAUGGAUCAUGUUACUUUAAAUCAGAACCAAAAGGUAAACCGUUAGAGAGUUGGCCACUGAUAAUGAGUGUUGGUGUUGUUAGCAUUGGAUCCAUAGUUGUUCUGGUCGCCAUCUUCCUUGUGCGGAAACGGUAUAUUUUUUUAAUAUUCAUAUUCAUUUGAAAGAAUAAAUUACAGGAUAAAACUAUCCCAUUCCGUUAACUGUAUAGUGACUAAAUGACUACUGAAAGAUGACUUAUUGGCAGAGCUGCCAUUCAGUGAUUUUUCCAGGUCUUUCAGUAAAUUUUGACUGAAUGUUAUGGGAUCAUUCUGUGGAUGACGAUUUGUACUUUUAAUUUUUUUUCUUAGA